AUGAAUCGAGCAGACCUGCGGGUCGUCGUCAGCGUGAAGCACAGCAACUCCUUUGAGCUCGUGCACUUGUGUUGGAUGAAUCGAGCAGACCUGCGGGUCGUCGUCAGCGUGAAGCACAGCAACUCCUUUGAGCUCGUGCACUUGUGUUGGAUGAAUCGAGCAGACCUGCGCGUCGUCGUCAAAGUGGAGCAUAGCAAGUUCUUUGAGCUCGUGCACUUGUGUUGGAUGAAUCAAGCAGACCUGCGGGUCGUCGUCAGCGUGAAGCAUAGCAACUUCUUUGAGCUCGUGCACUUGUGUUGGAUGAAUCGAGCAGACCUGCGCGUCGUCGUCAGACUGAAGCACAGGUACGUCUGGGCGCCCAUGCCAUUGUGUUGGAGGAGUCGAGCAGAUCUGCGCGUCGUCGUCAGCGUGAAGCAUAGCAACUUCUUUGAGCUCGUGCACUUGUGUUGGAUGAAUCGAGCAGACCUGCGCGUCGUCGUCAGACUGAAGCACAGGUACGUCUGGGCGCCCAUGCCAUUGUGUUGGAGGAGUCGAGCAGAUCUGCGCGUCGUCGUCAGCGUGAAGCAUAGCAACUUCUUUGAGCUCGUGCACUUGUGUUGGAUGAAUCGAGCAGACCUGCGCGUCGUCGUCAGACUGAAGCACAGGUACGUCUGGGCGCCCAUGCCAUUGUGUUGGAGGAGUCGAGCAGAUCUGCGCGUCGUCGUCAGCGUGAAGCAUAGCAACUUCUUUGAGCUCGUGCACUUGUGUUGGAUGAAUCGAGCAGACCUGCGCGUCGUCGUCAGACUGAAGCACAGACUGAAGCACAGGUACGUCUGGGCGCCCGUGCACUUGGAUUGGAGGAGUCGAGCAGACCUGUGUGUCGUCGUCAGACAGGAGCACAGGUGCUUGUCGUAGCCGGUGGACAUGUGUUCGUUUUCGUCUGAAUGAAGCACAGCAACUUCUUUGAGCUCGUGCACUUGUGAUGAAGGAAUCGAGCAGACCUGCGCGUCGUCGUCAGACUGAAGCCAAGGUGCUUGUCGUAGCCGGUGGACAUGUGUUCGUUUUCGUCUGAAUGAAGCACAGCAACUUCUUUGAGCUCGUGCACUUGUGUUGGAUGAAUUGAGCAGACCUGCGCGUCGUCGUCAGUGUGAAGCACAGGUGCUUGUUGUAGCCGGUGGACAUGUGUUGGGGGAAACGAGAAGACCUGCGCGUUCUCGUCAGAUUGAAGCACAGCAACACCUUUCAGCCCGUGCACUUGUGUCGGGGGAAUCGAGGAGACCUUCGGGUCGUCGUUAGACUUGACCAUAGAUACUUCUUGGCGCCCGCGGAUUUGUGUUGGAUUAAUCGAGCAGAACUGCGCGUCGUCGUCAGACUGAAACACAGGUACUUGUUAUCGCCCGUGCACCUGUGUUGGAUGAAUCGAGAAGACCUGCGCGUCGUUUUCAGACUGAAGUGUCGAGGAAAUCUAUUACAACGUAGUCAGGCACAGUUUACCAUAGGUGCGACUGCGGCAACCAGCCUUCCGUAGAAAUAAUACAGGAAGAAGAGAUGGUACUUAGCAGGGAACAUGAGCACAGAGUUAUAGCGGAGAUAAUUUGGCAGGCAAGACUGUAGUUGUUUUAUUGUUCCGAACCCCGAAAUUUCGGUACUGGGGCCAUUACCCCGGAGGCCCUCGGAACCUGCUGUGUUUUUGCUGCUUGUUUUUUGUUUUGUUUUGUUGUUGGGACGAGACACAAGCGCGCCUUCGCCCCUUUGUCCUUACUCUCAUCUAGCACCCAUCAAAGCCGGACCAGGGAGUCAGUUGAUAGGAACAUCUAUCUACAUUUCUCUUUCCAAAGCUCGCUCGGGCCUACCGAUCUCACAGCAGUGUAGACCAACCUCUGUGAUAGAGCGGUGACAGCAGUGUAACCUCUGUGGUAGACUACAAAGUCUACGAGCUACAGCAGCACCGCCGCCUCCGCUGCUGCAGGACGCCACAUUUUGUGAGGUUAUGAGCCUCGCUUUACGCGAACACUAGGAGCUGCGGACGUCACGACGGAGGUCAAGACAUCCUACUGCUGUGGACUACGACAUCCGUCUAUGGAUUUCGAGCGGAAAUCUGGAUUCGGAAAUUUGGGAGAUCAUCAACGGUCAGCGGAAACG